CAGGGUUUGUGAAUCAAAGUACACAAUGAUUUCAGGAGGAGAGAGAGAGAGAAGGAGAGAGGGUGUGUGUUAGUGUGUGUGAGAGGGAGAGAGAGAGAGAGAGAGGGGAAAAGGAGAGGGAGGCGGAAUGCAACAGGCUGAGCUCUAUCGUCGCCGUGAGAGGGACUUCUGACUGACAAACACAACUACUACGCUCCUUCCCAGCUCGUUUCUCCACUGACUCACCCUCACUAGCCGCCUCACUGUGUGCCGUGUUCAGCCACAUCUGAGUCUGGACCUCGUCAGGUCUUGGUCACGUGGCUCCUGAUCUCUCUUCCUUGCUUGUCAGCAUCCCUCUCACCUCUCUGCAGCCUGACGGCAGAGCAGCUAGCAGCUGAGAGGGGCUGAAUGGCAGCAGCCCACUUCAAACUCACUGCAGGCCCCUGACAAAGAAGACGAAGGAAGAGGAAACAUUAAGACAGUCAGAGAAAACUCACCCAAACCAGCAGCAGCACUUUUCAUGAUGGCAACCAACAGGGAGCACCAAGUGCGUCACAUGACCGGCUUUCCUCGUGCCAUGUACCCGUUUACCUUUAACUCCAUGCGGAGCCACUCCCCCUUUGACCUGCUGGCCAGUAGCCACCUUUUCGGCCGGUUUGGGGCAGAUCUUCCCAAAGAGAUGGCUGCAUUAUCGGUGGAGACCCAGAGCACCAGCUCAGAGGAGAUGGUGCCCAGCUCUCCUUCUCCACCUCCUCCUCCUCGUGUCUACAAGCCGUGCUUUGUGUGCCAGGACAAGUCAUCUGGUUAUCACUAUGGAGUGAGCUCCUGUGAGGGCUGCAAGGGUUUCUUUCGGCGCAGUAUCCAAAAGAACAUGGUGUACACCUGCCACCGAGACAAGAACUGUCAGAUCAACAAAGUGACCCGCAACCGCUGCCAGUACUGUCGGCUGCAGAAGUGCUUUGAGGUUGGCAUGUCCAAAGAAGCGGUGCGUAACGACAGAAACAAAAAGAAGAAGGAUGUAAAGGAGGAGGUGGUGCUGCCAGAGAACUAUGAGCUGAGUGGAGAACUGGAGGAGCUGGUUAACAAAGUCAGCAAAGCUCACCAAGAGACCUUUCCAUCUCUGUGCCAACUAGGAAAAUACACCACAAAUUCAAGUGCUGACCACAGAGUACAGCUGGACUUGGGCCUGUGGGAUAAGUUCAGUGAGCUGUCCACUAAGUGCAUUAUAAAGAUUGUGGAGUUUGCCAAGCGGCUACCAGGCUUCACUACGCUCACCAUCGCUGACCAGAUCACCCUCCUCAAAUCUGCAUGUCUGGACAUCCUGAUGCUGAGGAUAUGCACUCGCUACACCCCAGAACAAGACACAAUGACCUUUUCAGAUGGCUUGACUCUGAACAGGACCCAGAUGCAUAACGCUGGCUUUGGCCCUCUCACAGACCUGGUGUUUGCCUUUGCUGGUCAACUGCUGCCUUUGGAGAUGGAUGACACAGAGACGGGCCUACUCAGUGCCAUCUGCCUAAUCUGCGGAGAUCGCAUGGAUCUGGAGGAGCCACAGAAGGUAGACAAGUUGCAGGAGCCGCUGCUAGAGGCUCUGAAGAUCUACACCCGCCGCAGACGCCCAAACAAGCCUCACAUGUUUCCCCGCAUGCUGAUGAAAGUCACGGACCUCCGAGGAAUCAGCACCAAAGGUGCGGAGAGAGCCAUCACACUGAAGACGGAGAUCCCAGGCCCCAUGCCUCCACUGAUCAGGGAGAUGCUGGAGAACCCCGAGGCCUUCGAAGACAGCAGUGACUCAGGAGACAGUGCCACAGCUGCUCCCCCUGCCAUUCAAGCCAUCAAACAAGAGGAGAAGCCCGCGGAUGAGUCAGCCGUUGAGGAGGAAGAGGAGGAGGAAGAGGACGACUACUGGGAUGAGGAGAAAGAGCGAGGGGCGGACAGUGAUGGGGAGCCAUGGGGGGAGGCGGCAGCGGGCGUGCAAAAGAAAGGUGUGACUGGGAAAGCGCAGUGAAAGAGACAUGAUGCUGCUACUUCCUCUUCCAGAUCACUGAGCCCUCGCCCAGCAAUAUCUCCUCGCAGGAACCUCACAGAAUUAGGCUCUUAUACAACACAAGUGUUGAAUACAGCACAUAUUUACAUAUACUGUACAUGUUGACUGAAAGGAAAAUGUGUUCAAUACAGCAUAGGAAGUAAAGAGUGGGAGAAGCAAAAGCACUAAAUGUCAGUGGGUCGUGGAGAGCGCCAUGAAAAAUCACUGUGCCAAAAUGAGACUGUCUAAAAGAUAUUUCAAAAGCGUUUUUGUCCACCGUAAGAGGAACGAGAGGUGGUGGACAGAACAAAAUGCACUCUUCCGCUAUCUAUAAGGGCUAUGCUUUGUAUAAAAUUGAUGGUAAAAAUACAUUGCAACAACAGAACUCUAUGUGGUGUCCAUUUGCCGCAAAUGUCUUCUCAGAAUUCCUUUUAUUACUAUUCAGAGAUAUGCGACUUAUUUUUUUAUUGUAUGGUUUUUCUAAGCAUGUACACAUUUCUGUUCUGUCUUUAUGCCUGUUUGUGGGACUCUGUGUUGCUUUUUUUGUAUAUUUUUUCACUCAGUCCUGCUCACAUUUGACUGGACAUGUGAUUUUUUUAAGCUACUCUUUAAUUUUAUGCAUUUCUGCUUCAUGGACACAGUAAAAAGCAAUAGCAAAGACAGUAAAGAGAGCAAUAGCAAAGAGAGAGCAGGUCAUGAGCGGGACUCAAACUCACAAUGCGACAAGCACGUGGUAUGAAAAUCUCUGAUGGGUGAAACAUCUGAAAAAGGAUAAGAGGAAGACUGUGAUUUCAGGUCUGGUGCUUGUGAUGCAAAUAAGACACUAACAAAUAAUGCAAAACAAACAGAAGCAUAUCUCCACCUCACGACAAAAAUACACACAAUCAUUUUUUAAAAAUACUUAGACUAAAGAAUCUGCAGGGUAGAUUUAAUGUCAUCAUCACACAAUCUCAGGUUGAUUCUAUCAGGGCCACGUCUCACCUGUCAAAACAGUAUUUUAAGAAUCUGCUGGUGUGCAUGCUCCGACAUAAUGCCCCCUUCUUCAACAAGAGAAUCCUCUCACACCAGGCAGUAGGGAUUAUUAAGAAUUGAAGUUGUUGACCACGCUUUUAUUACAGCGGCCAGGUACAUAUAAGCCAUAAUAUUUUAAUUUUUCCAAGAGUGAGGAAGAAUCAUCCCAACAGACGUUACCAUAUAAAAGCAGUUUACUUCACAGAAAACCUCAGGUGUGUGUGUGUGCGUGUGUGCUUGAAUGUGUAACCGAGAGCAUUUACCAGUACACAGUGAUGUUGUAGAGACGUGAUGUUGCUGUCAUCACUGCCACAAUCCACAGUGAACAUUUAUCCAGAAGUCCAAUUAUUAGUAUCAUAAAAAUGCACAUAAAAUAGAUUUUGUAGCAAAGAACUAAAUGUUUUUAAAAUAAUUCACUCACCCAAAGACCCCUGUUGGACAGUGCGACAUUGCCGAUGCAAGCUGACCAAGAAUCACAUGAGUGUUGCAACCGUCCAACAUAAUUAACAACAAAACAAAAGCUUUACAUUGGGUGACCUGUCUGCUGCAGUACAGGGCGAUAGUGUCAGAUGAUGUGUGUUCAUGUGUGCUGUAUCUAAUGAGUGAUGCAAUACAUGGAUUUUGUAAAAUAAAUACUUAUAACUUGUUUUUA